UUGUGGGUUUACCAGUUUACUGAGCUGACUCAGAACUGCUUGACGACGAUGCUGGUACUUACGAAAGUCAUCCCUAUUCUGACUUUGCUCUACAAUGGGAUACGAGGAGCAAAUGGCUGCCAGGGCAAGUCCUUCGGCUCCGACAGCUUCGUCUGCGUCUGCAGCAGCGACUACUGCGAUGACUUCCCUGAGGUGAUCGUAGAGGAAGGCCACUUCAAGCACAUCUUCUCUUCUAAACUUGUCCACAGAUUUAACGUUUCUGAAGGUCCAAUAAGUGACGCACCUUUGCCAGGUAAUACCGUCAUCACCAUCAACCUGACUGAGACCCACCAGACCAUGAUCGGAUUCGGUGGAGCUUUCACUGACGCCACGGGACUCAAUAUUGCCACCCUUUCAAUGGCCUUGCAAGAAAAACUCCUGAGGUCAUACUUCUCCACCUCGGGCCUCGAGUACAAUAUCGGCCGGAUUCCUAUAGCUAGUAGCGACUUCUCCACACAUCCUUACUCCUACGACGACGUCGAGGGCGACAUCCUGCUCGAGCACUUCGCCCUGGCUCCCGAGGACCACUUAUACAAGCUGCCUUACAUCAAGUGGGCCCAGAGUAUGAGCGAGCGUCCGCUGCUCUUCUUCGGCUCUCCCUGGUCGCCUCCCGCCUGGAUGAAGGAGAACGGGAUGUUCAACGGCACCGGAGGAAUCAAGCGGGAGAUGUGGCAGCCCUAUUCCAACUACAUCGUCAAGUUCGUCGAGUCCUACGAGGCAGAGGAAGUCCCUCUGUGGGGUCUGACGCCGCAGAACGAACCCGUGAUGAACGGCGGAGACUGGCACAUCAACGGCUGCGAAUGGAACACAACAAAUAUGCGAGACUGGAUCAAGACUACUCUCGGUCCCACCCUGGAAGCCGCUGGAAUGAGGAGGCUCAAACUCAUGAUACUGGACCACAACAGAGACUCUGUGCCUUGGUAUCCAGAGGCCAUUCUGGAGGACCCUGAAGCAAACGAAUACAUAGAUGGGGUUGCCAUCCACUGGUACGAAGACACAAAUAUACCCUCUGAGCUAGUUGAUCUCAUGCACGAACACUAUCCGGACAAGUUCAUCCUGUACACCGAAGCAUGCAGGGUGGUCCUUACGAUCGGUUCUUGGGAAGAUGCUGAGAGCUACGGCCAUGAUAUAAUUGAGGACAUCAACCACUGGUCAACCGGCUGGUUGGAUUGGAAUAUGGCCCUGGAUAUGCAUGGUGGCCCGAACUGGGCGAGCAAUUACGUCAAUUCCCCUAUUUUGAUUGAUAAGGACGAAGACGUCUUCUACAAACAGCCCAUGUUCUAUGCGAUGGGUCACUUCAGCAAGUUCAUCACGACCGGGGACGUCCGGGUGUCCUUUGCCAUCGCUCCUGCGACUACUCACGAGGAGGAGGUGAAGGUGGGAUACGACAACCUUGAGAUGACGGCCAUCCUCAAAGAAAACGGACGGGUGGUUGUGGUCGUCAUGAACACACGCGAUGAAGAGCACAGCAUCUCUAUCGUGGACACCCAGGGAUCAGUCAUUAACCUGGAUCUCGAGCCUCGAUCUCUCAACACAAUCCUGUAUGAUCCCCUGGCUAAAUAAAUUGCUACGAGGGCCA